GUGCAGAGAAUCAGAAUCCAAGUGCCGCACAAGGCCCCAAAGCUAGCCGAGCUCGCGUCACAACGCACCGCAAGCAGUGGAAUUGGAGUGGCAAAGCACUCAUCGCAUAUCCCCGGAUCAGAAAUCCACCGAUGAUUUCUCUGAUUCUCUCCCCGCAAAAGCGAAGAUCCUGAGGAUUGUUCGCCACUCCUAGCCUAGAUCGUAGUGAAAUCACUCCACAGAGAGGAGGAGAAGAGGAGGUCCUACUGGCUAGUCCUCACUCCUCACUCAUCAGUGUCCAUCCAGGUGGCGCCUAAUUUUGGCAGGCGCUCUCCCAUGGAGGCGAUCGGGAGGGGCGAGGACGGGAUGGAGAGAUAGGCGGAGAGACGGGAGAGAGGUUGGCGGAGGGAUUAAAUGAGACAAGGGAGGGGGAGGAGGAGCGGGAGGUGUAGAGGAAGCGGCGGAGCGCGCCACAGAUCGUCCAAAGACGGGAGCUUUCCAUCGUCGUCUUCCCCUUUCGUCUCUUCUUCGUCGUCUUCUUCGUCUUCCCUGAGGUGACUCCGCCCUUUUCCCGUUUCUUCUAGUGCUUUGAGGUGUCGUGCUCUGCAAAUUUUGGGAUCUUUAGGAGGAGCAGCAAGAAACAAACUUGGUUGCGUUAGAUUUGAUGCCAAUCUGUGGAGGAUCGUUUAGCUCAAAUUACAUUCAGCUUUGGACAUUUGCCGCAUCCCCAGCAAGAUAGAGUACUUGGAACACUCUCCUAUGCUUCUCAGAGACUCACUUAUUUCUUUCUCUGUCCUAUACAUAAGACCUUUUCAUGGCCAGAGAUUUGCCUCAUCAGCCUGUAGCUAGACGAAAAAUUGUGCCGUUCAAGUUCCUGAUCCCCUUUAUUCUGGUUCUUUCCGUGUCCGUUAUUGCUGUCACCCAGUACUUCCAAAGUAUCUCCUACCUUCUGCGGCCGCUGUGGGACAAACCACCUAUGCCAUUCACCCGCAUCCCGCACUACUAUGCCCCCAAUAUCUCCAUGCCCCAGCUGUGUCAGCUCCAUGGCUGGGGCAUCCUCUCCUCCCCUCGGCGUGUCUUUGAUGCUGUCCUCUUCAGUAAUGAACUUGAUAUUCUGGAAAUCCGCUACCAUGAACUCCUUCCAUAUGUUGACAGGUUUGUCAUCCUUGAGGCCAAUGCCACCUUCACAGGCAUCCCAAAGACGCUCUCCUUCUAUGAAAACUUCAACCGUUUUGCAUUUGCUGGAUCCAAAAUUGUCUACGACAUGCUUUCUAUCGGACAUCUGGAUCCUGAUUCUAACAGGCAGCCCUUCCGCAUAGAGGCGUAUCACCGUCGUGCACUGAAUAUGCUGAUACGAAGAUCAGGCAUUGCUGUGGGGGAUGUCUUGAUCAUGGCUGACGCCGAUGAGAUCCCCAGUCCCGAAACCAUGCAGUUGCUCAAGUGGUGUGAUGGAAUACCACCAGUCAUGCAUCUUGAGCUGAAGAACUAUAUGUACUCCUUUGAAUUUCCUGUGGAUCACAACAGCUGGAGAGCGACGGCACAUCUGUUCACUGAGCGCACACAGUAUCGCCACUCCCGUCAGAGCAACCUAAUCCUGGCUGAUGCAGGCUGGCAUUGCAGCUUCUGCUUUAGGGACAUCAAGGAGUUUGCUUUCAAGAUGAUGGCGUACAGCCAUGCAGACCGGGUGAAACAGCAAAGCUUUCUGAAUCCUAAUAGAAUCCAGAAGGUCAUAUGCAAUGGGGAGGACCUGUUUGACAUGCUACCUGAAGAGUACACAUUCAGGGACCUCUUCAAGAAGAUGGGGCCGAUACCGAAGUCUGCAUCUGCCGUGCACCUGCCUUCCUAUUUGAUCAAGAACGCAGACAAGUUCAAGUUCUUACUUCCCGGCGGAUGCUUGAGAUCAGACUAGAUCAGAGGUGUAGCUUUGUUAGUCAACAGUAUUUAUUUUAGCUUCAAUACUGUUAUUUAUGUGAAAAUGGGUGUGCUUCGUUUGACAUAGAAUAGUAUUACUUUUUGAUAGGGUGGUAGAAACCUUUUUUGGUGUGUUUCAGGAACUACGGGAAUUUGGAAAAUUUCACCUUGUAUUGGUAGUGAUGGGCUGUUCAACCCCAGAAUUCACAGCAAGCAAUAUAAAGGUAAAAGAAAUUCCAUAAUUUGCCACCGAAUAACUUGUAAUGUUCGUUAUAUGCCGUUAUUGUGUCGAUGACAUGUGGGUUCAGAUCCUACCUGUCAUCCUCACAAUGGAUAGCAUAUUAUGGAUUAUGCAGUUAUUUGGUGGCAUAUCAUGGAUUUAUUCGAGGUAAAAUGA